AUGUCAAAAAAGACUGUGGGAUCAAAAUACGAAUACGAACUUUCAAAUAGAUUGGGUUAAGGAGCCUUUGCAGAGGUGUACAAAGGGAAAAAUAAAGUGACAGGCGAAGUGGUGGCUAUUAAGGUUAUUAAAAGAUCACUUUUGGCAAAAUAUGGAGAUGACAUUCUCAAAUAAAUUCAUCAGGAAGUCAGUAUAUUGCAAUCGCUGAUGCUUUCCAUGAGGAAAACCUUGUGUCCAUUUAUAAAUAAAAUAUAUGAAUGUCUUGAGACUUCAAAUAACAUUUACAUAGUUUUGGAAUUUUGCAAUCAAGGAACUUUACUGGAUAAAAUAAAAAAGACUCGUAAGCUCCCUGAAGAUGAAGCUAUUUUUGUGUUCUUCCAAUUGGUGUAAGCCUUAGACUUUUUGUGCGAUAACAACAUUGCACAUAGAGACAUCAAACCUGAGAAUGUCUUCAUCAAGGACGGAGUGUACAAAUUAGGAGACUUUGGAUUUGCGGGUCAAAAAUCCCUUUACCAAACUCAUUUAGGAACAUAUCCAUAUAUGGCACCUGAAUUUUUUAAUUCUUCAUAAUAUGACGGAAAUCAAGUGGACAUUUGGGCAUUGGGAUUAUUAUUCCACGAGAUUCUCUUUGGAGAGAUCUACUUCAUUGGAAACAGUCAAUAUGAAGUGUCUCAGAAGAUCUUAAACAAGUAAUAUACAUUGGGAUCCCAACAUUAAUGUUGCAAAGAGAUCAGGGAUUUGUUGCCAAGAAUGGUGGAGAAGGAUAAAACUAAGCGUAUAACAGCUAAAUAGAUAUUGGAGUUGCCCAUAUUCUAGAAGUACAAGAAUGAUAACAGAUAUUUGGAGAUCGAGGAGAAGGAGAGACAAUUUUGGUAAUAAUACUUGAAGAGUGAGAACACUAAAACUGAAGAUGACAUUUUAAAGGCUUAAAAGGAGGAAGAAGAGAGACAACGAAAAGAAGAGGAAGAGAAACAAAGAUAAGCUUUGGAGAAAUUGUAAAGAGAGGAAAAUUAAAAGAGAGAGAGAAUUAAUUAAUAGAUCCCUAAGAUUAUUGAUGUGAUCAAUGACAUGAGGAAUGGCAUCAUGAUUAUCAUCAAAUUAUGCGAAUUUCUACAAAUUAACUUCAGUGAAGUCUGCAGAUAUGAUAUCUUCUACAUUCUAAAGCAAGGAUAUCAACAAUAACAUCUCUUGAAAGAGAAAUUGGAUAAUGCUGCAAUGUUUACUAAGGAAGACCAUAUAGACUUUUAGAAUAUCGAUCACGAGGUGUGGGACUACUUCUAUCAAGAUCAAAAGGUGUAAUGUUUGAUCAUCGAAAUUGAACAUGAUAGAAAUCAAGUAAGGAAAUCAUACAUCGAUCAAUUCAACUAUUUGAACAAUUAUACUACUAUCUAAUACAAUGGGUAUCUCUUAGAAUUCCAAUAAAUUGGAAAUCUAGAUAUUACUGGUGGAAUCCCUAAGGAAUUAUUCUUGAAUCAAUUGGCUUCCACUAUCACAUUUUUGAAAGAUGAAGAAACCAAAUAGAGUGAUUAUGGGAUUAAGUAAUUGUUGAAGAAGGCUAUUAUUUGGAUAUUUGUUGUCGCAUUCUACCAAGAUCUGGUUUCUGGCAAUAAGGUUAACAUUUCCAAGUUCUUGAGAAGCAUCGAUAGUAAUGAACCAGAAGAAAUGAAAAAAUGCUUAUAUUCAUAAUGA